UUUAAGCUGUAAAGGGAAAGUAUGGAGCCUGGGUGCAAGAAGUCCUAACUCUUCUCUAGGUUAUGCUGCGCCUCCAGUCCUGCGUCUGGUCCUAUAAACAUAGGAUCUUCUUGCUGAAGAUAGGGGGCAGAUCUAGCUAUGUCUGUCAUGGAGGAGCGGUGAGUGUGUCCUGCUGAUAAGGUUGUCCUCUGCUCCUCAGGUUGCUGACAGGACGUAAGAUCCACACGCAGCAGGAUGCUGUACAGGUCAUGGACAUGCUACAUUCUCUGGGACCAAGCACCGUGGUCAUCACCAGCUCAGAUCUUCCGUCACCACGGGGCUCAGAUUACCUCAUCACACUGGGGAGCCAGAGAAGAGUGGGGGAGGACGGGCAGAUAAAGACCCUCAGGAUCUGCCUGGAGCUACCCCGGGUUGACGCUGUCUUUGUGGGCACUGGAGAUCUCUUUGCCGCCAUGUUGUUGGCCUGGACUCACCAUCACCCCAGCAACUUUAAGUUGGCAUGUGAGAAGACGGCGUCUGCGAUGCACAUUGUACUGCAGAGGACCAUCACCAGUGCACGCAGUCUGGCUGGACCUGGGGUGAGGCCGUCGUAUGCUCAGCUGGAACUCCGGAUGGUGCAGAGCAGAAAGGACAUUGAGAACCCGGAGUUAAUCAUUCAGGCCACUGUGUUAUAAAGUCUGGUUACUAAGAAACCUCGGGACCAAUGUAGAGACUCCACUCCUAACCCACAGUGAGAACCUGGGCCCCAGCACAGAGCAUAUCCCCUGAACCGGAGGAGCUCUACCCACAGCAGGAAGGGGAAACCUCCAGGCUCUCUGUGGCCCUCUCCAGCUCCAUGGGGCCAUCUGUCCUGUGUGCCAAACAGUCACCAGCAACCUGCAAGAAGCCAGAAUCCAUCCUGACAAUCCCUGCCCUUCCGCAGGGGUCUCCUGAUUCUCUUUCCCCUCCUGGUGGGGCGGUUGCGGAUGAUCAGGGUCAUAUUUGUGCGUUGCUGUGCAGGAUGUUUUCAGAACGCAUUGAUUUGUCGUUUCAGUUGCACAUAGAUAAUAAAAUAAUCGUCUUCUAGAUGAU